UUCCUCCCUCCUCUCGUCUUCAUGGUAUCAGACGCCGGCCUUGUCCAGCGCUUGUAGAUCGCUUUCCGUUGCCGAUCCUUCCCCGCGGCGCCAUGGCUACGCCUCCGCCGCCACCACCCCCUCCCCCUCCCUCCUAUGGACGUGGACUCCACGGCGCGUUCGCGGCUGCCGCCGCCGGAGCGGCUUCCCCCAACCGUUCCAUGCUGCUUACCCCCUCGGCCCUCGCUGCAGCGUCGCGCACCCACGCACUCGUCCCCGGCUCCGACGACUCCCCUGCAACGAUCGCGCCGGCCCCUUCGCACCUUGCGGACUUCUACAUCAACCAGCACGUGCCGCUCGUCCUCAACCUCAACCCGCCCAAUUUCUCUCAGUGGCGGACGCUGUUCGAGGUCACGUUCCGCAAGACUGACGUGCUCUCCCACAUCACUGCUUCGCCUCGCCCCAACGACCCCGUGUGGCUGCAGGACGACGCCUAUGUGAUCUCGUGGCUCUACAACCGCAUUAGCCCCGAGAUCUUCGGGCUCGUCCACCAGCGUGACGCGACAGCCGCCGAGGUCUGGGCGGCCAUCUCCUCCAUCUUCCUGGAGAACCGCGAGCAUCAAGCAGUCUUCCUCGCUACGGACUUCCGUCGCAUCGAGCAAGGCGCUGGUUCCGUCCUCUCCUACUUUGCACGGCUGAAGGACUGCGCCGACAGACUGGCGGACCUUGGUACGCCCGUCACUGACCGUGAGCAAGUUCUGAACAUGUUCCGCGGGCUGCACCCACGCCUCCGCUAUGCCAUUCCUAUACUCACCAUGCAGACACCGUUCCCUUCGUUUCUCCGGUGUCGCGCCUUCCUCCUACUCGAGGAGAGUCGCCAGGCACCUGAGAGCCCCCACGAGACAGCGCUCUACGCCGCGCGCUCGCCCCCCAGCACCAACACCGGCGGGGGCUCCUCGGGUGGCUCCAAUAGCCGCCGCUCCGGCGGCAACGGCGGACGCAACAAGGGCAAGGCCAAGGUCAGCGAUGGUGGCGGGGCGAGCAGCUCAACUCCGCGCCCCCCGGGCCCUUCUGCACCUACUUCCACACCAUGGACCGGCAUGGUUCACGCCUGGCCCAUGCCAUGGCGGCCCCAUGCCCCGGGCGCUGGAGUACUCGGCCCCCGACCCGACGCGCACGCGCCAUUCGCCGGCCACGCCAGCCACUACGGAGGCCCUCUGCCGGUGCCGCAUGGUGCGCCGCCCCCAACCUGGACGCCCGGCGCCACCCCACCACACCCGUUGUAUGGGCUACCCUCGCCCGGUGCCUCCCCCUCCUCGUCGCCUGCGUGGGACCAAAGCGCGCUCAUCCACGCACUGAACGGACUCGGGCUGCAGCAGCAGCAGGGCUCCUCCGGCGGCGAAUGGUACCUGGACACCGGCGCCUCCACGCACAUGGCGUCCUCGUCAGGAUCGAAGGACGAAGCGGGUGAUCCUCCGGUGUAAUUCCGAUGACGACCUCUACCCAGUUACGACGCCCACCCGUCAUCAUGCUCUCUCCACCACCGCCGCCACACCGGCACUCUGGCAUCAACGCCUAGGGCACCCCGGCCAUGACGCCCUCACCACCAUCCUGCGUGCCUGCUCUGUCCACCCUGCGUCGGCGUCAUCUGAACUCUGUCGUGCUUGCCAAUUAGGAAAGAGUGUUAGGUUGCCUUUUUCCCUUUCAGAACAUGUGUCGUAUUUUCCCUUUCAGCUUGUGCAUUGUGACGUUUGGACCUCCCCAGUUAUGAGUAUAUCUGGCAAGCAAUAUUACCUAGUCCUACUUGAUGAUUACAGUCAUUUUUCAUGGACUUUACCUCUCGACCAUAAGUCUGAUGUGUUCCUGAUCCUUCGCUCGUUUUCAGCGUUUGUUCGCCGUCAGUUCAACCUCAAUAUCCUCUCUGUUCAGUGCGACAACGGACGGGAAUUC